AUGCCCCCAGACUUCUGGGAGAGAUGCUUCUGGUUGUGGGGUCUCCUUUUGUGGCUCAGUGUUGGAAGUACAGGGGAUGCACCUCCUACCCCACAGACGAACUGCACUGACUUCCAGAAUGCCAAUCUCCUCCGAGGCACCAAUCUCAAAGUCCAGUUUCUUCUCUUCACUCCUUCGAAUCCCAGCUGUGGGCAGCUAGUGGAAGAAAGUAGUGACAUCCAAAAUUCUGGGUUCAAUGCCACUCUAGGAACCAAGCUAGUUAUCCAUGGAUUCAGGGCUUUAGGAACAAAGCCUUCCUGGAUUGAUAGAUUCAUCGGUGCCCUUCUGAGGGCAGCAGAUGCUAACGUGAUUGCUGUGGACUGGGUGUAUGGCUCCACAGCUGCCUAUUUCUCAGCCGUGGAAAAUGUGAUUAAGCUGGGACUCGAGAUCUCUCGUUUCCUCCGUAAACUCCUGGCGCUGGGUGUGUCAGCGUCCUCAAUCCACAUCAUCGGCAUCAGCCUGGGGGCCCAUGUAGGGGGCACGGUAGGACAUUUCUACAAUGGCCAGCUGGGACGGAUCACAGGCCUGGACCCUGCUGGACCAGAGUACACCAGAGCCAGCCUGGAGGAGCGUCUGGACCCGGGGGAUGCCCUCUUCGUGGAAGCCAUCCACACAGACACAGACAAUUUGGGCAUUCGGAUUCCUGUCGGACACGUGGACUACUUCAUCAAUGGGGGCCAAGACCAGCCUGGCUGUCCCACUUCCAUUUAUGCAGGCUACAGUUAUCUGAUCUGUGAUCAUAUGAGGGCUGUACACCUCUACAUCAGCGCGCUGGAGAACUCCUGUCCACUGGUGGCCUUCCCUUGUACAAACUACAAGGACUUCCUUGCUGGACAGUGUCUGGAUUGUUUCAACCCUUUUCUUCUUUCCUGUCCAAGAAUCGGGCUGGUGGAACAAGGUGGUGUCAAGAUAGAGCCACUUCCCAGGGAGGUGAAGGUCUACCUGCUGACCGCUUCCAUGGCUCCGUAUUGUGUGCAUCACAGCCUCGUGGAGUUUCACUUGCAGGAGCCAAGAAACAAGGACACCUGCAUCACAGUCACUUUCCUUAGCGGCAGUGUCACCUCCUCGGUCAAGAUCACCAUACCUAAACAGCAGCGUGUUGGGAAAGGAGUCCUAGCUCACCCCAGCCCUCAGUGCCAGAUAAACCAGGUGAAGCUCAAGCUUCAGGCUUCCCACCGGGUUUGGAAAAAAGACCAGACGACCAUCAUCGGGAGGUUCUGCACCGCUCCGCUACCUGUCAAUGACAACAAAAAGAUGGUCUGCUUACCUGAGCCAAUGAACUUACAAGCAAGUGAGACUGUGUCUCAUGACCUGAAAAUAACCUGUAUAUAGUAUACGGGCAGGAUACAUCCCCCCGGAUUGGGAGUGGGGGAUGAUGGGCAUUCAACUUAUUCUACACCAUUAAGACUAAGAAAGAAUGCAGAAGUCUUGUUUACUUUCUCCAUAAUUAACCACCUUAGAGGGGAGAGAGAGGGCUCAUUUUACAGAGCUUUAUCUCCAUUGUCAGUUGAAAGAGUUUUACAAAGAUACCAUUUCAACCUUCCUAUUCAUGCUUAACUGCAAUUGCCCCAUAUGCUUGGACAAC